UGAAAUUCACUACGAUUGUAGUUAUUUUCCACUUUGUUGGUGAACUUUCUGUACUGCUACCAUUCUCUCCCAGUCAUUUUCAUUCCGGCGCUGGUCCAAUGAAUUUGUUUAUUUUAGAACGUUUCUGCAUUUAAUAAUUAAGCUGUCUUAACCUUUGUUAUCUUCAACCUAGCCUAUGGGUACACUCACAAUGGCCGACAGUCCACGCAUUAUGCCAUCAUCGACAUGAAUGGGGAGGCCUGUUCUAUUCAUUCUAUUUCUAUGGGAUACACACCAUCAUAAACACGGGAGGAGUUUUGCUCUACACAGGCAUGCUCUGGUCUCUACAGCAUGAGGAAGGAGACUUGGAUAAGGCAGGAACAAGAGAAGGUCUUACCUCUCUUGGAAUUGUAUUGCUUUACUAUAAGGUCCUUACUCAGCAGGGGAAUGCACAUAGAGUAAAAGACGGAAGGAGAGAGAGGAGUGGAGAUGUCAAGGUGACACAGUGGAGAGAAGAGAGUGACACAGCAGAAAAUUACUGGGUGAGCUUUCAUUAAGAGGAGAAUAUAAUACUUUAAGAGGGCAACAGUAAUUGAUCACAAUUAAUAGAAUCAGUAAUUAAUUCAAACGUGAAAUACGUGCAUUUGCUAAAAGCGAGCAAAGGAGAGAGACAGAAAGAAGAACAUUAGCCAGAUGAAAGAGAGAGGAAAAAUAGACACUUUAGCUAAACAAAAAAGUCAAGGAACCCUUGGUGAGUGAACAGUCACGCAGGGUCCCUAGAUAGAUCAUUCAAUCGUAUCUCAUCAUGGUGAACCUGGACCUGAGGUCUCUCACCCUGCCGGUGGGCAUCAUCCGUAUGGUGGAGGUGGUCCUCACCUGUAUCUCCUUCAGUCUGGUGGCCUCGGCAGGCCAUGUGCUCUCCACACACUGGGCCUGGUGCAUGUUCACCUGGUGCUUCUGCUGCUUCUUCUCCCUCUUCAUCCUCAUCAUGGAGUUCACCCGCUUCAGCGCCAAGGUGCCCAUCUCCUGGGAUGACUUCACCACGGCCUUCGCCAUGCUAGCCACACUAAUGUGUUUCACCUCCUCCAUCAUCUACCCCACCUUCUUCACCUGCCCCACCUGCUACCACCAGAUCGCCGCCACUGUCAUCUCCAUACUCUGUUUCGGAGUGUACGUCAGCGAGGUGGUGUUGGCCCGCCUCCGGCCCGGCGGUGAGAUCAGUGGCUUCCUGUCCACUGUCCCGGGCCUCCUCAAGAUACUAGAGACUCUGGUGGCUUGUAUUAUCUUCACGUCGCUGGAUCCGGCAAGGUUUUCGUUGUACCCGGGACUGCAGUGGUGCGUGGCAGUUUAUUCCCUCUGCUUCAUCUUCGCACUCGUCAUCAUCUUCCUCACUGUCAGUCAGCUGCUGUCGCUCUUUCCCUUCUCGUUCGACAAACUACUCACGGUCUAUAACAUUCUGGCCACGGUGAUGUACAUGACCGCCAUGGUCAUCUGGCCGCUGUACGGUUUCGAGAGCAACCCCCGGCCCGUUCCGUGUUCCCACUGCUCCUGGGACGAUCUGGUUGUGGUGACGUUCAUGACCGUGAUCAACCUGGUGAUCUAUAUUUUGGAUACGAUCUACUCGAUAAAGGUGGUCUUCUUCACACGGGAUGAGGAAUAGGCCAGAUUCUCAGGAACCUUCACUCCAACUUCUCCAGAACCGGUCAACGACUGAGUACAACUCGCACACUAUCAUAUUGCAUGGAGAAAAACUGUUUACUGAAUAAGAAACUCCAGCACAUUGGUGAUCUUUAUUCUCCAAAUAUGGUUGAAAAGAUCCAUUACAUUUCUAGAGAAUGAAGAGUUUCUUUUCAAAUCGAUGACUGAGAGCUUGAAAGAAGAACAUUUGCAGAACGUUGGCAGAACAUUUGCUGACGUCUUUUGCCUCAGACAUGUGGAAAAUAUUAAGUUAUUCCUAUGACACUGUAAAUUAACUCAUUGCGGAUGAGGAAUCUACAGGCAAGGACACACUGUUUACCACUUGCAGCUAUUAAAGGGUGCAGUAAUAGGCUGAGUUAAUGAUUGAUCGUAUCGACGUCAUAUAAAUAAAAAUUACAGAACUUUGGAUCCCGAAGCAAAUAUCACAUUAAUGUCUAAUCUGGCAACAUGGUGUCACAAAGUCACCUGGCUUCUUCUAAAUCUACUGUAUGUGUAACCGUUCUGUAGAGCCAAAUGCACUAGCGGCACUAUAGAUUCUGUGAAUUACAAAGGAUUUGUGAUCUUAUAUUCAUGUUCAUCAUUUCUUUCUCGGUUGUUUGACAUGUUCUCGUGUUGUUCUGCUAGUUGGCUCACUGACUGCCAGAUAGUUGAUUAGCUGCUGAAGUGCCAUGUGGACUGCACACUAAAAAGAAACGGUUCUAUAUAGUGCCAAAUAAGUUUGUGACAGGACAGGAGACCUUCUCCAUUCAAGUGUACCAUCUUUCAGAUGCAGACAAAGGGUGCAUUCAAAAUGUCCAGUAGUGCACUAUAUAGGGAAUAGGGUGCCAUUUUGGAGGCAUACAUAGAGAAUUAAUUCUGUCCGCUUUUGAAUGGGCUUGACGAUUGUAUCAUCAAAUUCAUGAAAACAAAGUCAUAUAAGAUAUUACAAAAAUAGUGUUUGUGAAUUAAUUUAUUUUUGCCAGAUGCCUUUCAUUACGUUUUUGCGCUGAAGAAAAUUGCGCUACGUUUUGCCUAUUGAAGACCAUUCAAAAAGCCUAUAAAAUUCAAAAACUACAAUGCUACUUGCCGCGUCACUUGCAUAGAGUAUAUCAGUGAAUGACAACCAAAAUCUACGGCUACAUGCUAACAAUAGAGAUGUGUGAGUGAUUAAUGACACACAUUAACGUUUGUUCCCUUCCACCUCACUGUGUGGCUGAACUAGAGAGUGCUGGACAAGGGCUGUGCAACGCAAACAAAUGUUCAGAUAGAAAUAGAUUGUGUAAAACGUAUCAUUAAGAAAAGGGAAUCGUGUCAGCUCUUUUCAUUCUCUAUCCGCAACAGUCCGACUGGUUCACGUCAUUCGUUACACCCCCUGGUGUGAUCAUAUUAAUCAUUACCCAAAGGUUGUGUUGAUGUGGGUUGCUAGGCUGUGUUGCCAUGUGUAGUUUAUGACUCAAUAACAAUAGUCCUACUGACAUGAUCAACGUAACCAACUUGAAAAUAGCAGAAGUGAUAUUGUAUUUUGUACAAUAAAAAUAAGUGACAGAUUUCA